AUGAUGUCGUUCAUCAGCUAUGUUUUCUUUUGCACUGUAUUAUAUAGAAUAAUUGCGUUUCCUCAAAUUAAUCUUGAUCUUACCGAUUGGAUAAAUGAUAAUGAAAGUAAUAUGGUUCUGCAACAUGAUUGUCUUCAUGUGACUGCUUGGAUCGAAGAAGAUAAUGAUCCUUAUCAGAUCAUUUCCUAUUGUAUGAGUGAAUGGCCAUCAAAGUGGAAUAUUCAAAAAAAUACUCAAGAUCCAAACUUUACUUUUGCUGAACUCUAUCAGCUGAAUACUACUAGUGAACAAUUAUAUCUUUGGUCGGCGCCAAUGGACGUUGUUGAACGUUAUCAAUUGUAUAUAAAUUUACUUCUAACUUCAAAUUUAUCAUUAUCAUCAAUGGCAACACAUAUGUUCUAUAAUUGUACAUCACCUAGAUUUGGUCCAUUAUGUCAAUAUUCAUUGGAUGCUUACAAGUCUCAUCAUUUAACGUUAAACGAGAUUAUUCGUCAAUAUUAUCUACACAAAUAUGAACCAACAACAUUGACGUGCUACACUCAUUUACAAUGCGAUCGUGGUUCAAUACUUGCAUGUCUUGAUUGGAGUGAAAUAUGUGAUGGAAUCAUUGAUUGUCGAAAUGGAGUCGACGAAGAACCUUGUUGGCAAAUUGAAAUAAAUGAGUGUGAAGAUAAUGAAGAGCGAUGUCUAAAUUGGCAAUGCAUACCUACAACAUUCUUUCAUGAUAACCCUAAUGUUUUUGAAUGUCUUGAUCGAUCAGACGAAUCGUCAUCUGAGCAACGCUUAUUUAUAAAUAUUAACGGUGAGCCUACAUUUGCAAAGGAAGAUGUUACAUGUUCCAAACGUUAUCAUCAUUCGAACUUAAAUAUGAAGCUAACAAGUUCAUGUGUGUUGAAUCGCACCAAUUUACUAGAACAGUCCCUGUUCUCUGAGAAACUAAACACAGUAUCAAAUGAUUGUUGGUUAGCCGUCAAGUGUCAGUUGGCUUUUCAAUAUAUAUUAUCAGAUCUAAGAUGCUCUGAUCUUUUUUUCAAUGAAACGUGGACAGAAAUAAUUAACAAGGCAUGUCCCGAUAUGCUAUACGUGCCAGCUGGUCCAGUCGCUUUUGGACAUAUAUACUUUCUAUAUACAAAAGAAAAUAUAUUAAGAUCUUAUGUGAGAGUACCACCACCUCAGUAUGUCUGCUACAAUGACCAACUUUGCGGUGGAUUCCAUUUGAACCGAACGUUAUUGUCAUUCAAUAAUGAUACAUGUAGCCGUCCGACAGAUUUUCCAUUAACUUUUAACUCGUUGGGUCCUACCAGAGGCAACUGGAACAGUAUGUAUGUCUUACCUCUGUAUAAACAGCUUUAUUCAUGCAACACAGUUGUCCACAGUGGUUCUGUAAAUUGUAACAGUUCAAUCAUGUACAGAUGCCUCAAUUCCUCAAAAUGUAUUGUCAAGCAUCGCCUUUGUGAUGGUAUAAACGAUUGCGAUUAUAAAGAUGACGAACAAUGUUCUUCAAUUAAUAAUUCUUGUUCGACAUAUGGAUCGAAAAACUAUUUCAAAUGUACUACAAGAGAUCUUUGUAUUCCUUUGACAGCGAUUGAAGAUGGUCGGUGUGAUUGUGGAGAUAAUGAAUAUGGUGUUUGUGAUGAUGAAAGUUUAAAUCUUCACUAUAUCAGAAAACAUAUAUCAUUUCAAACAAUUUGUGAUGGUUUUAUAGAACUAUUACCUGUUACUAUUGAUGGACGAAAUGAAACCGAUGAAACCGAAUGCGAAUAUUGGCAGUGUAAUAACACUUAUACUCGAUGUGAUGGAUUUUGGAAUUGUUUCAAUGGAGCAGAUGAAGUAGAUUGUGAUCGAUCACCAAUAUUGAAAUGUCCGCUUCAUCAUCACAUUUGUGUCUCACCUGACACAUAUCAAUUCAUGUGUUUGCCUCUUACAAAAGCCAAUGAUGGUAAUAUUGAUUGCCUUGGUGCCACUGAUGAGCCACAACUGUGUCGAUCAAAUAAUCAUGAACUCAGCGGUGUUAACAUUCAUUGCACCAUUGGUGAACAUGGAUAUUGUACCUCUUAUAUACGUUUAUGUUUCUAUAGAGAAUGCAAUUACAAAGAUUAUGAUAAAAUUUGUGACAAUACUAUGGACAAUAUUGAUUAUUUUGCUAUAUGCAAUGACAAAUAUACAGGUGUUCGUUCUGAUAUUGCAAAUUUUUUUUGUGAACGUAAAAUCGAUUUUAGUAGAUCAUCCAUUUCAACAUAUUUUUCAUUGGAUAGAAUUAACCGCUCAAUCGAACAAACAAUGAAACAAAACACAACAACAAUAAAUUCAAAUUCAUCUAUUACUCAACAAAUCGCUCUUCAACAUCAACAACGUUGUCAUCGUGGUCUUGUUCUUAGAGUUUGGCUAGAUUAUGAAAAAAACUUAACGACGGAAACAUGUCUUUGUCCAUCUAGUUUUUAUGGAAAUAUGUGUCAAUAUCAAAAUCAACGAAUUAGUCUCACUUUGCAAUUUCAAGCAUAUUCGGAUUCUCGACAAACUCUAUUUGCUGUUGUUGUCUCACUCAUUGAUAAUAGUGAUGAAGGAAUCAUUCAUUCACAUCAACAAUUUAGUUAUUUGUACGUACAAGAUUGUAAAACUAAAUUCAACAUGUAUUUACUAUACUUAACUCGACCAAAAGAUCAAAAAAAACAUUAUUCAAUACAUAUUGAUAUCUAUGAAAAAGUAUCACUCGCAUAUCGAAGAAGUUUUUUAAUACCACUUAAAUUUCCCUUUUUACCUGUACAUCGUGUUGCUGUACAACUCAACAUUCCACGCACAACUGAUGACGUGAAAAGUUGCUCAAAUCAACAAUGUGCUCAUGGUCGAUGUAUUAAGUAUUCAAACAAUCCAAAAGAUAUUAGUUUUUGUCAAUGUUAUCGAGGAUGGUCUGGACGAUAUUGUACUAUCUCUCAUAAUUGCACAUGCUCGUCUGACUCAUUAUGUAUUGGUAUCUUAGCGAACAACCGAUCUUUAUGUGUUUGUCCUAUGAAUAAGUGGGGUUCUCAAUGUUUAUUUCAAAGUACAAUAUGUAACUCAAAUCAAAAUACCACAUGUUACAAUGGUGGUCAAUGUAUACCUACUGAUAAUCAUGUAGCAUCUAAUAAGAAAUUUAAAUGUAUCUGUCAAAAAGGUUUCACUGGAGACAGAUGUGAAAUAGCUGAUAAUAAAAUCAUUGUAUCAUUCCAUCAAGAUAUCAUUUUACCAGACUCAUUACUUAUUCAUUUCAUUCAAGUGAUUGAUGGUGCUUCACCUACAAACGGCAGUACUUUCAAAAUGAUUCCUAUUUAUCAAAACACAGUGAUGAUUAAUUGGUCAUAUCCAUUUCACAUUGCUUUUGUUCAACUUUUCAAUAACAACUACUAUUUAAUUACUGUUCAAAAGAUAUACCAUCAAUCGACAACCAUUAUUCGAGAAAUUCAACCAUCAGAUCGUUGUCCAUAUAUAAAUGAAGUAUUGAAUGAGACAAUUGUUAAAUUUCAUCUUCUUCGUCGUAUUAAAUAUUAUCAUUUACCAUGUCAAAGAUAUUCACCACAAUUGUCUUGUUUUUAUGAUGAUAAUCAUUUUUGUUUAUGUAACAAUUAUGGAGAACAACGGUUAGCCAAUUGUUUUGAAUUUAAUUAUACAAAGAAAUUCGAUUGUUUUGGUCAAAGUGCUUGUGAAAAUGGAGCACAAUGCUUACAAGAUACAUUUGCAUGUCCACAAACCUCGACAUGUGUUUGUCUGACAUGUUUUUAUGGAAGACUCUGCCAAUUUAGUUCAAAUGCAUUUGGUCUUUCACUUGAUGGAAUUUUAGGUUAUCACGUUCAACCAUAUAUUAUCAUCAGACAUCAAUCUCGUGUUGUAAAAAUAAGUUUAGUAUUGACGAUCAUUAUGACUGUAGCAGGAUUGAUCAAUAAUACUCUAUUGAUGAUUGCAAUUAAUAACAAUAAAUCACGUAACAUUGGUUGUGGUAUUUAUCUAAUAAGUACAUCGAUUAUUAGUCUAUUUACAAUGAUUAUGUUUGCAUUGAAAUUUUCGAUACUUAUCAUUGCACAAAUGACAUAUAUUGCGAAUCGUUUAUUCCUACAAUUACAAUGUAUUUCAAUAGAUUUUUUGCUACGAAUUGGUCUUAAUAUGGAUCAAUGGUUAUCUGCAUGUAUAGCCGUAGAACGAACCGUUACUGCAAUAAAAGGAGUCAGUUUUGAUAAGAAGAAGAGUAAACAAAUGGCUAAAUAUAUGAUUCUUAUUCUUCUUAUUUUAAAUAUUAGUACUACUAUUCAGGAUCCUAUUCAUCGACAUUUGAUUCAUGAUGAUGAUAAUAGCGAAAAAAGAAUUUGGUGUAUUGUGUCUUAUUCAUCUAGUCUUCAAACAUUUAAUACAGCGAUGAAUAUAUUUCAUUUUUUGACUCCAUUUAUUAUUAAUUUGAUUUCAAGUUUGCUUAUUAUUGUUAUGACUGCUCGACAGCGAACAGCCAUUCAAACUCAUAAAAGUUAUCGAAAAAUCUUAUAUAAACAAUUUGCAGCACACAAUCAUCUAAUAAUUAGUUCAAUUGUUUUGGUCAUUUUAGCUAUUCCACGUUUGAUCAUUUCUCUCAUGUCAAGUUGUAUGAAGUCAAUUAAUGAUCCAUGGUUAUUUUUGAUUGGAUAUUUUAUUUCAUUCAUACCAUCUAUGCUUACUUUCGUUGUGUUUGUUCUUCCAUCAAAAUCAUACAAAGAAGAAUUUUGGAAGGCUUAUGCACGAUAUAAAAACUCAAUACAAAGACGAUUACAUCUCGUUUCAUAG